GACGAUCAGUUGAUUACUAUUUGACGUACGUGUCGGAUCUUGAUCUUUGUCUAUAACAAGACUGUUUAUUCUGAGUUUUAAGUUUCUCGCGGCACCAUGUCUUCCAACUUGGGCGUGCUGAUAUUCUUCACGAUACUUUCAACCGUUGGAUUUAUUAUAAGUUUGGUUGUACCUUCACUUUCUAACAUUCCAAACAAUGGCUUUUUCAACAAUACGAUUGGAUCUGUUUCUGCCAAGUAUCCAACCGAUGUUACACCAGCAGACUACGCAUUCUCUAUCUGGGGUUUGAUCUACCUAUUCCAGAUAGCUUGGCUCAGUUAUGCUUACAGUUGCAUGUGCAGAUCUAACAAAAGUGGAGUCGUAUUGGCAAAUCCAGUUGUUCUGCCAAUCAAGUUCCAUGUUGCUUGGCUCGGAACUUGCGUUUUUGUUGUAUUGUGGACCUUCUAUUUCUUGGCUGAACAAAUUCUGAUUUCUGCUGUGUGUCUCCUCAUGACAACACUCUUCGGCUACGCUUGCUCUGCAAUAAACGCGAUUGCUACCACAGAUAAUGAGAAGCAACUUGAAACAGAAUCGCCUGCAGAUUUGAUUUGCAUUCGUGUGCUGAUUCAAAAUGGUCUUGACUUGUUUUUCUCCUGGACAACUGUUGCAACAUUGAUUGGCCUGGCUAUGACUUUGACCUACGACCCUAAUGUUCCGAAAAACUACUCUCAAGAAGACGCUGGCUCAAUCUGCUUAUACAUACUUGGAAGUCUUGUCAUUUUGUGGUCGGUCCUGGAAAAUACCAAGUUUUUCAGCUUGUUCAAAUACGUCUAUGCAUGGUAUUUUGUUCUCAUUUGGGCUUUGAGUGCACUGAUUGUCAAGAAUCCAGAUGUAAGCCAGAAGAACACCAUUAUUACCAUCAUGAUUUUGUGUGUUGCUGUUGUCUGCCUUGCUGCGAAGAUUACAGUGUUUUGUCUCAGGCCAAGUGUUGCAUACAAGAAAGUGGAAAAGUACCAGAUGUUUGAUACUAAAUGAAUUUUUGUUGACUGAUACUUAUUGACGUUGGGAACAUGGACAGUGGACACGAUUGAGUUUUUUUUCUUCCUUUUCAUAAUUUUUGUCAUUGGUAAUGCAAAUUGAUUCUCAAGUUUAAAUAUAGAUACAAAUCUUUAUAGCCAGUGGACUGUUUUUCUUUGUUAUUGAAUGCAAUUCAAACUCAUAUUUUUUGCCUUAUUCCUAUAAAAGAUAUACCUAGUAUAGUAAUCAUAAUGAUGCAAUGCAAGUUAAAGAUCAUUUUUGUUUUUCUUUAUUCAUGGUUUAUUUAGUUAUUGAUCAUUGCGGGAUGUAAAUUUAAGGGUCUUUGAAACAGAUGGAAUAUUCAAUGUAAUGAAUUGGUCUCUUGGAAGGCAAUAACUCAAUAUUUUUAUAACCUUAAAAUGCUUAUUACAGUUCUUAGUUUUUUGAUAGUAAAUAUCAACCAUAAAAGUAAAUACGGUUUAAAAUCAUUCUUACAACAUGCCUUGAUUUGAGAUGCAUUGAAUAUUCCAGAUUUAAAAAUGUUUUUUGUGUAAUCUAUUUGGUUUCAGUUAUCCUUUUAUCAACAAUCCAUCAUAAUUGAAGACAAUUUCUCAGUGUUACAUUUGGCACAAUUACUCCAAUUUUGUGAUGUCAGUCUUGAGAUUCAAGUUUACAAUCUUUUGAAUUUAUUAGAAUUGAUUUUGUCAUAACUGUGGUAUUAUACUUAUCAAUGCAACUACAGUAUUUUUGUUUUUGAUUGAUUUCCUUUUCUGUAAUUAUGUUUAUUCAUUCAAUUUAGA